AGGAUGUCCUGAGCCAAGCCAUGAAAUACUCGUUAUAGUGAUUUGUGUUGUGGCGAGUGUAACGAGCUCCUGUCCUCAAUGUGGGCUCAAUGACUCAAUGUGAAACGAUUUACGAUUGAGAGUGGCAGCCGAAUUUUGGGUGCGGGCGGGCAGAGGCAAUUUCUUCGAGAGCAGAAAACGAAAAUGGUGCCAGUGAGUGUGCAUCGGUGGAUGAACAUGCUGAAGCCGGUCUUCCAGCAUCGAUAGUGUCGGUGGAUUGAUCGUGGUAAAUUGUGCGCUCGGGCGUGUGCGUGUGUGUGCGUUUGUACUGCUCAUCGAGUGUGUGCGUGUAUGUGAUAGCAAUAGUAGCAGCAGCAGCAGCAGCAGCAGCAGCAGAAGGCAAUCCUGCCAGGCAACCGACAUGUUAGCCAUGCACCACAUGACACCGGUCGAAGUUACCCAAAUCUCUAACCUACACACGCUCAUCCUCGAAAUUAACAGCGAAGUGGCACUGUUCCGGGACCUGCUUAUCCACGUCGGCCAGUCCAGGGACUGUCCGGAGCUGCGGGAGAAAAUUCGGAAGUUGCGCCGAUCCUGCGUCGAAGCCUGCAAGCAUACCGCCGCCCUAAUACUGCCCCAAAUUCGAACGGCCAUCGCCGAGGGCAUCCUGACCGAUAACCCACAUCUGGUGCUGCUGUUCUACCUUGCUCAACUGUUUCUUAGAGAAUUAAUCAAAAGCCAUCGGCUGGUGCAGGUCAUACCGAUGGAUAUGUCCGGCUACUACGAAAACCGUGCCGGACCGUCGAACCUGGGCAACGUGAUAAGUCAGAUACUGCUCUGCAAGCAAAUAACGCCCGACUUCAACCAGGAGGAGCUGUGCAGCAUCACCAAGGAUUCGCAGGAGAUUGCCCGAAUACUGCAGGACCUGCAGGAGUUUAUGCCCCAGCAGGAAACCUACCUGGAGAAAACAAUCGCCCUGACGGCCGAAAUCAACGGACCGUGGCCAGCGAAACGGCGCCGUGGUUCGCUCUACAAAAACAUGGGACUCCUGUGCUGCGUUUCGCGCCCCAACUACCUAUGAGCGCAUGAGCGCGUCACACACCCCGUGCCACCCACGAGCUGGCCAUCGUGAGGAGCACCGGUCCGGCUAUUGUAAUUACCGUGUCCGCACAGUGCACAGGAACACACAGCCCACAGCGCAUCAUGUGCACGCUUCACAGAUAGACGGCAACAACAACCAACAAAAAACCCACCGAUCCUCAACCCCACUACCCACCACCCACCCACCCACCCACCUCCUAUUGAUACACAAUCAAUGAGCUUGAUGGUGAGAUCGGUCCAAGUGGUUCGACUGCACCGACGACCGGCAUCCAUCAAUCUUCCAGCCGGCCAUCGGGGCUGGACCCAUCAUCAUCAUCUCAGCAACCCAUCGAGUAGAGCACCAUUUCCCGCGGGCGGCGCGCUCACUGGCCUACUAGAUUGCCAACACCAGGUGUGCCCGCUGUUUGGCGCAGAAAUUUGUUUCCCAAACCAGAAAAGCCAACCGCCAGAGUGUACAUCGUCAUGGCCUACUCCGUGGGUCCCGGCUGACUGCAACCGGGAUGCUGUGUGAGUGCGAGUGUGUGUGCUCCCGUUAGGUCGAUAAUCAGAGCACGAGAUGAACGAGAUAAAACAAAAAUGUAAUUCCUGAGAACACGGAAUGACCAUCAUUCGAGGGACGCGCUGGACAACGCGAACACCGUAAUCAGUAGUGCAAGCUCCCUCCCCGGCGGGGAAAGUACCAUUUCAGUACUGGCUGGCUGGCGGGCAAGCUGACGGAUAGUCCAGACCAUCAGAACGAGUGACGACUGUUGGAUUGGGGUGCUCCAAAACAGGGUGCUUGGAAAGAGAUGAUGUGCAGCGACGCCGCUCAUCGUCGACGGCUGCAUCAAAAGGCGGGAACGAAAACAAACCACGUCACGGUGGACGAAAUCGAAAAACAACCAACCCCAUCUCCCCAUCACUCCAUCCACUACAUUACAUGCACUCGGGCGGGAGUGGUUUAUUUAUCUUUGUUUUAGCACUUUUUGUUGGCCGUUUUUUUUUCGGUGUUGUUAUCUCAUAUCCGGUGCUUGCUGUGCUGUGUUGUAAUCACCAGGAUGUAGGAUGAUUGCAUGGUGAUAUCUCUGGUUUUUUUUCUGUUCAUGGAACUACCAAAAACAUAACCCCCAUUCCUAGACCAGUCGAAGCUACGCUCCUGGCCCUGGUGUUCUGUUGUGGUUUUGAACACCCCAAAAUGAUCGACCCACGUUCGAUCGACUGGAGCAGAAAUGUACACCGAUAGCCUAUACAUUGUUGCAUGUCAACAGUAAACGCACCAGAAUGAGGAAAACCUUUGGUUGAUUACCUGCGCCGAUAAUCCACUUUCUCGCUAACUCGCUAAUCCCCUCCCAACCCUUCUCUAAUUAUGUAGAUGUGUGCGGUCAGUCGUGGCGCAUUGGAUUGGAUUGGAUUGAGCACAUUUCCCCCCCAUUGGAUUAGCAUGCAUGAUCUGGCGUCAGUCACGGCCCAUUGUGUGACUCACGCACAGCCGCCACUUGAUAGCGCCGGCAUGUCUGGCGAGCACUAGUCGGUCUCACGUCAAGGCUAAACACACGAACCGCACGCAAAAGUGAAAUAAUAGCGGGCCAUUAUUUCACGAAAUGGUUUACCAUUUCGUUCAGUUUUCAUUCGAUGCCAAAAAGGCGAUUUUUAUUUAAUUUAACCACCAUCGAUCAUAGCGUUCAGAA